AUGACUACCAGACAAAAUGAAGCAGCAUGGAUCGUACAGGACAGGGCUCCUCUCGUGGUCCAAAAAGCACCCACCGUCCCACCCGGUCCCUAUGAGAUCCUCGUCGAAGUUCGUGCAGUUGCCAUCAAUCCCGUCGACUAUAGCAUUGCCCAGUUAGGUCAAAAGGUCUUUCCAUGGCUUUCCUACCCGCGCCAGGCUGGCUUCGAUGCUGCAGGCUCCGUCAUCGAGGUCGGCGACAGAGUCAGCCGAUUCCGCAUCGGCCAGCGAGUCGUUGGACAUGCAUCACACUUCAACGACAAAGACGCUCACAAGAAGCCUGGAUAUGGCGCUUUCCAGCGCUUCACUCUUCUGACUGAACACAUGGCAAGCGUCAUUCCUGACUCUCUCUCGUUUGAAGACGCAUCGGUCUUGCCGCUGGCUCUCUCAACGGCCGCCUCAGGCCUUUUUGAGGCAAACCAGCUCGCCCUCGCCCUACCUUCGCCGACACCCUCACCAAAUGGCCUCUCGUUGCUCGUAUGGGGAGGCGCGACUAGCGUGGGGCUGUGCGCCAUCCAGCUUGCCGUUUGCGCGGGUUACGACGUCGUGACGACGUGCUCCCCUCACAAUGACGCCUUGGUCCGCAAGCUCGGUGCACGGGCUUCCUUUGACUACAGGCAAGCAGACAGCGUGGAGAAGAUUCUAAAGUCGCUCGAGGGUCGCACCCUAGCUGGCGCUCUGGCCAUCAGCGGGAUUCCACACACGGCCGACAUUAUCGAAAAGUGCGCCCUUGUUGUCGACCGGGCGCAGAUGGAGCCUGGCAGGCGAAGAUUUGUUGCCUCUGCCAUUCCACUAGGAAAAGAGACCGAAGCAAAGCUAAGAGACGGUCGGGUCGAGGCGAGGUUCAUCUGGGGAAGCUCACUGGCUCAAUCAACGGUGGGAGCGGCAAUCUAUGCCGACUUUCUGGGACCGGCCCUUGAGGUGGGCACCUUCGUCGCUGCUCCGCCGCCACUUAUUGUUGGCAAAGGUCUGGAAAAGAUCCAGGAAGCUUUCAGCGCGGCAAAGAAGGGUCUCUCUGCCCAGAAGGUCGUCGUUUCACUUUGA